AAAGAAAGAAGGAAUUAAAAAUAGCCUCGAUGCUUCUUCGCUGUCUCUCUACUAACAGAAAGAAUUCCUUUGUCUACCCUGUUCAGGCUGCUCGAAGCAGUAAUAACAAAAUAAAACACUCUCUCUCCCCAACAAACCUUUAAAUCAAAACUCUACUCUUUUGCUUCUCUCUCUACAAAAAAAAGUAAGAAAUGGCGUUUAAUAACCCUGACAUCAGCUCGCCGCCUCUGCUAUGUGGAAUGACACCAGCAUAGUGCCAUCACCAUCACCAUCACCAUCACCAUCGUCAAUCAAGUACUCUCUCCCUUGGAUGGGAGAUGGCUAGGAUUUUGUUGUGAAUGGAUCAGUGUUACAAGAGGGGAAAUGAAAGCCUGACUUUGGAGCGGUUAUUUUGAAUUUGAAAAGUGUUUAGUGGGUAUUGCUAUAUCGCAUCUUUUAUUUUAAUCACAAAUGGAAGAAGAGGGAAAACGGGUUGGAGGGCUUUCUUCUGGCUUGGCUGUUUUAUUGAAUGGCGAAGAUAGAAAGGAGGAUUCGUCGAAAACCCGACUUGUUUCAUCUUGUGAUGAUUUUGGUAAUCAGCCUGUGGAGCGAGCUCUUGAAUAUAUCUUUGGUCUCUCAAACAAAUCACUUGGUCCAUUGACUGGUCCGGUUGACACUAAAUUAGUUCGCUCUAUUUUAAAAAAUGAGUUUUCUAAGUUUUGUACCAAAUCUGGUCAUUUGGUUGAUAAUAGAGACGGGAUUCAUAUCAGUAAAGAUGGUUGUGAAUCUCAGGUGGUCGGGCUUGAAGAAGUGAGCAUCUGUGGUGAUAUUAGAAUCAUUAAACACCCUUUGCAUGUAGAAAGCUUAGCAAUGUUCAGUAGUGUUAGGUCCAAUUCUUGUGUUUGGAAAGGGAAAUGGAUGUAUGAAGUUCUAUUGGAAACUUGUGGUGUACAGCGGCUUGGAUGGGCAACUCGUUCUUGUCCUUUUACUGAUCACAAGGGUGUAGGCGAUGCAGAUGAUUCAUAUGCAUUUGAUGGGAUAAGGGUUAGCAAGUGGAACAAGGAUGCUGAGCCAUAUGGUCAGCCAUGGGUUGUUGGUGAUGUCAUUGGAUGUUGCAUUAAUCUGGAUCAUGACGAGAUAUUGUUCUAUAGAAAUGGUGUAUCCCUUGGAGUGGCCUUUCGUGGUAUCCGCAAGAUGAGACCUGGAUCUGGGUAUUACCCAGCAAUCUCUCUCUCUCAAGGUGAACGCUGUGAAUUAAAUUUUGGGGCUCGUCCCUUCAAGUACCCCAUUCAGGGGUUCCUUCCCCUUAAAGCGCCUCCUUCCGCAAAUCUUUUGGCUUUGCAGUUGCUUCAAUGCUUAUCAAGGCUGUCAGAUGUGCGAGGUGCGGAGCGGGCUGAAAGUUCUUUAGUCGGUAAAAUGAGAAGAUUGAAGAGGUUUGUGUCACUUGAUGAAGUAUUUUAUCCUGUCUGUCAUGGGAUAUGUGAGGAAUUCUUCUCUGCACUUGAGGGAGAUUCUGGAAGUACUGAGUUUGUGGCAUGGGGUCCGCUUCUUUCAUUCAUGAUGGACGUUUUCAGAGUGCAAGCACCACAUGACUGUUCAGGUCUGGAUAAGUUUAUUGAUGUAUUUCUAGAGUUUCAAGAAUCACGUCUGAUGUUUGAGCAUAUCAUCAAUGCCCUUUCAAGUGGCUGCAAAACAGCAUCUUUGGUUUUAACAGAAUGCCCGUACUCAGGAUCUUAUUCUUAUCUUGCAAUGGCAUGCCAUAUCUUACAACGGAAAGAAUUGAUGGUUCUCUGGUGGAAGUCAGCUGAUUUUGAAUUAUUGUUUGAAGGUUUUCUAUCGCAAAAGAGUCCAAACAAGCAGGACCUUCAAUGCAUGAUGCCUUCUGUUUGGUGGCCUGGUUCAGGUGAUGAUAUCUCCAAUGAUGAAAGAAGCAUGAUGCUGACAACUACAGCUUUAUUGGAAGCUAUCAAUAAGAUUGAGGAGAAGCAAAGGGACCUCUGUCUCUUGGUCAUGCAAUUUGUACCGCCUACGACAGCUGCCCAAUUACCUGGCUCAGUGUUGAGGACAUUUUUACAAAAUAUUCUAUUGAAGAAUAGAGGAGCAGAUUGCAAUGCACAACCUCUUGGAGUUUCAAGCAAUUCCGUUCUUAUUUCUUUGUACUCAGUUAUACUUCAUUUUUUAUCUGAAGGAUUUGCUAUGAGGGACAUUUGUGGCUGGUUAAAGAGGUGUGAACCCAAUGGUCUUGAUGUUGGAUUUCUUCACAGAGGUGGUGAGCAAAGUUUCCCUGUAGAUAUAUUUCUCAAAAAUGAUCCUCAUCGAACUGACAUUUCUAGACUUGGGGGAUCAUUUAGUCAUAUCUCAAAAUCUCAUCCUGUACAUGAUCAAGAAGCAGAAGUAAUCCGGUGGGAGGAAGGUUGUAUGGAUGAUGAAGAAACAAGAGUAACACAUAAAACCACACAGAAACCAUGUUGUUGUUCAAGUUAUGAGAUUGAAUUGUCAAAAAUCUCCAAGCAUCAAAUUAGAUACAACACUAAAGAUUCUCGUGUCCAUUGUAGUGGUAUUCCAGACAGGUCUGCUUAUGUGGCUGCAGAAUGCAGUGAAGGAAGUUUGAAUGAUGAGAUAGCUGACAAACCUAGUACAAGUGAUCAAUCUGAAUCUGAUUUUGGUUAUUGUCCUGUGCGAGAUAUUAGGAUUGUGCACAGGGAGAGUGAUAUGUCUUCGGCAACACUGAGAGAAGAAGAACUUCUAGAUACAUUGCUAUUGCUGUAUCACAUAGGUGUUGCACCAAAGUUUAAGCAGGCAUCCUACUACAUGUCUCAUCAGGCACAGUCAAUAUCACUCCUGGAAGAAACUGACAAACAAAUAAGAGAACGUGCUUGUUGUGAGAAAUUAAGACGCCUAAAAGAAGCUCGUAAUGGAUACCGUGAAGAAGUAAUUGAUUGUGUAAGGCAUUGUGCAUGGUAUCGCAUCUCUCUUUUCUCGCGGUGGAAGCAACGAGGAAUGUAUGCAACAUGCAUGUGGAUAGUCCAACUACUUCUUGUUCUUAGCAGAGUGGAUUCCCUAUUUAUUUAUAUUCCUGAGUUUUAUCUUGAAACCCUGGUUGAUUGCUUCCAUGUGCUGCGCAAGAGUGACCCCCCAUUUGUACCCCCUGCAAUAUUUAUGAAGCAAGGACUUGCUUCAUUUGUAACUUUUGUUGUUUCCCACUUCAAUGAUCCAAGGAUAUUGAGUGCUGAUCUCAAGGAUCUUCUCCUCCAAUCUAUUUCAGUCCUGGUACAGUAUAAGGAGUAUUUGACAGUGUUUGAGAGCAAUGAAGCGGCCACACAAAGAAUGCCAAAAGCACUAUUGUCGGCAUUUGACAACAGAUCUUGGAUCUCAGUGACUAACAUUCUUUUGCGGUUGUGCAAGGGUUCUCGUUUCAGUUCUUCAAAGCAUGGGGAGUCAUCGUCAUUUGUUUUCCAGAAAUUGUUGCGGGAAGCUUGCAUCAAUGAUGAAGAGUUGUUCUCAGCUUUUCUGAAUCGGCUAUUUAAUACACUCAGCUGGACGAUGACUGAAUUCUCUGUAUCCAUUCGGGAAAUGCAAGAAAAAUACCAGUAUAAAACAUCUUUUUAUGUUUUGGAGUUUCAGCAAAGAAAAUGUGGUGUCAUAUUUGAUCUCUCAUGCAACCUUGCAAAGGUUUUGGAGUUCUAUACUCGUGAAAUCCCUCAAGCGUUCCUAUCUGGAACUGAGACGAACCUUCGGAGGCUAACUGAACUGAUAGUCUUUAUUCUCAACCACAUUACCUCAACUGCGGAUGCCGAGUUUUUUGAUCUGUCACUUAGACGACAUGGUCAUUCUCCAGAGAAAGUAAAUCGAGGCAUGAUAUUAGCACCUCUUGUAGGGAUAAUCUUGAAUUUGUUGGAUGCAAGGGUGGGGACGGAAUGUGGACAGCAGAAUGAUGUUGUGGGUGUUUUUGCAAGUAUGGACUGCCCUGAUGCUGUGCACCGUGGAUUCCAGUAUCUCUUAGAGUACAACUGGACUAGGUCCGCAAGAGGGGAUGCUUACAGUGGAAAACUUCAGCAGCUAGAGAGUUUCUUGAGCCUCCUUGUUAGCAGGAUUGAGUUGCAACAAAUUGAAAGAACGAAACAUGAGGAAGAGACAGAAGCUGAUGGUAAUACUUGCUGCAUUUGUUAUUCUUGUAAAGCAGAUGCAAGGUUUGCCCCUUGUUCGCAUAGGUCCUGCCAUGGCUGCAUAACCAGGCAUCUUUUAAAUUGUCAUAGAUGUUUCUUUUGCAAUGCAACAGUCUUGGAGGUUAUCAAGAUUGAUGAAAGCAGAGCUUAAGUUUUACUAGUAUGUUUUCGGUUGCCUACUCAUGGAACCUGCGCUGGUCACGGACUGAUUAUCAGUUUCCGGAUGGGCUUGGGAUCCAAGAUUUGUCGAAGAAAAGGCUCAAAGAAGUUUGAAAGAAAAUAGGUGGUAUAUUUUCAAGGUUAGGUGGAUGGGGUUUAGAAAGAAACAAUUCUCGUGGAGUUGAUGAAGAAUUUUGUAGGGGAAAUUUGAGGGCAUUACUCUGUAAAUAUGAGAUGUAAAUGGCAAUGGAAAUGUUCUGCUCUCUGUUUCCUCUGCGUUUAUGUGAGCUGAGCUGGGCGUAGCUGGAAUGGACUUCAGUGCUAAAAACGCAUUUAGUAAAUCCGGUCCCGUGGGAAAUGAAAUGCUCAAUAAACUAAAAACGUGGUAUAUUAUUAAAUUAAAAAAAAAAGGCACUAAAAGGGCAGAGGAUUAUAUGGUAGCUUGUGAGGGAAUUUGAUGUGAAUU